AUGUAUGUCGACCCUUCGAGGCCCAAACCCAUGAUCAACGGCUCAGAUGCCUUCAGAAGCAAAUCCUGGUGGAGAAAGCAGGGAGAGUGUUGUACCAAAAAAAGAAAAGGAGUGUACAGUGAUGUGAACCCUUCACGCGUGCAAGGUGCAGCUGACACGUGCGAACGUGUUUGCGUAACCAACAGUGUGGUCAGAAAGUAUCAGAAGGGUCAGGAUCAGGUCAAGCAAGAGAGCGUGGGUGGCUCAUGCCAGGGUCACGUGAAUGAUGCACCCUUUCUCUUCUUUUCAUGCUGGUCAAAGCUUUUGAGUACCACCCUUUCAUUUUAA